AUGCCUUUUGUCAAAGACUUCAAACCAGUAGCCUUCAAAGAUACCAACCUUUUCAAGCCGAUGGCCAUCGGUGACACCGAGGUGCAGCACCGGGCUGUCAUGUGCCCACUGACUAGGAUGCGUGCACACUCGCCAGGAAACGUCCCUAACAAAGAUUGGGCCGUGAAGUACUACGACCAGCGUUCUAAGGCUCCGGGUACCAUGAUUAUCACGGAAGGUACCUUUCCAUCUCCUCAGUGUGGUGGCUACGACAAUGCCCCGGGUAUCUGGUCCGAGGAACAAGUCGCAGGGUGGAAAAAGAUCUUUUCUAAAAUCCAUGAGAACAAGUCGUUUGCUUGGGUUCAACUGUGGGUGUUGGGCAGACAAGCGCCUCCAGAUACUCUGAAAAGAGAUGGUCUGCGCUACGAUUCGGCUUCGGACGAAGUCUACAUGGACGCGGCCAGUGAAGCUAAGGCGAAAGAGUGUGAUAACAAACAGCAUGGGUUGACUAAAGCUGAGAUAAAACAGUACAUCGCGGACUACGUGCAGGCGGCCAAGAACUCGAUCGCAGCCGGCGCGGACGGUGUCGAGAUUCAUAGCGCCAACGGGUAUCUGCUAAACCAAUUCUUGGACCCUAUUUCCAACAAGAGAACGGACGAGUACGGUGGUUCGAUUGAAAACAGAGCCCGCUUUGCCCUGGAGGUUGUGGACGCAGUGGUCGACGCCGUCGGACACAAGAAAGUCGGUAUCCGUUUUUCCCCAUUUGGCGUAUUCGGAGUCAUGUCUGGUGGUGCUGAGCCCUCCAUCAUUGCUCAAUAUGCGUAUGUUGUCGGUGAGUUGGAAAAGAGGGCCAGGGCUGGCAAGGGCCUAGCUUACAUCCACUUGGUCGAACCUCGUGUAACAAACCCGUUCUUUGCUGAGGGUCAGGGCUGGUACAAAGAGGGUUCCAACGAGUUUGUCAGCAGCAUAUGGAAGGGCCCCAUCAUAAGGGCAGGCAACUACGCUAUGGAUCCUCAGGCUGCCCUGAAAGACGUUCAGCAGGACGAUAGAACUUUAAUAGGUUACGGAAGGCUCUUCAUCGCAAAUCCGGACUUAGUUUCGAGGCUAGAAAAUGGCUUGCCUUUGAACUCAUACGAUAGAGAUACGUUCUACGCUUUUACCGACAAAGGAUACAUCGAUUAUCCCACCUAUUCGGAAGCCUCUGAAGCCGUUGCGGCGGAGUAA